AUGGCAGGACCACGUUCCAGCCUGUGGGCCAGGCUGCUGCUGGUAGCCCUGCUGAGUGCCAGCCUUCCUGGGAUCACAGCCAAUCGCUGCAAGAAGGCCCAAGUGAAGAGCUGCACGGAGUGCAUCCGCGUGGAUAAGGACUGUGCCUACUGCAUAGAUGAGCUGUUCACAGAGCGGCGCUGCAACACGCCAGAGGAGCUGCUGGCUGCUGGCUGCCGGCGGGAGAGUCUGGUGGUCAUGGAGAGCAGCUUUGAGAUCACAGAGGAGAGCCAGAUCGACCAGAAGCUACACCGCAGUCAGGUGUCCCCCCAGGGAAUGUACGUCCGGCUGCGGCCAGGCGAGGAGAGGCACUUCGACCUCCAGGUGUUCGAGCCCCUGGAGAGUCCCGUAGACCUGUACAUCCUCAUGGACUUCUCCAACUCCAUGUCCGAUGACUUGGACAACCUCAAGCAGAUGGGCUCGAACCUGGCCCAGGUCCUGAGCAAGCUCACCAGCGACUACACCAUUGGGUUCGGCAAGUUUGUGGACAAGGUCAGCGUCCCCCAGACGGACAUGAGGCCUGAGAAGCUGAAGGAACCUUGGCCCAACAGCGACCCACCAUUCUCCUUCAAGAAUGUCAUCAGCCUGACCAAGGAUGCCAAUGAGUUCCGGGACAAGCUGCAGGGAGAGCGGAUCUCAGGCAACCUGGACGCCCCGGAGGGCGGCUUCGAUGCCAUCCUGCAGACGGCUGUGUGCACGAGAGCCAUCGGCUGGCGCCCAGACAGCACCCACCUGCUGGUGUUUUCCACUGAAUCAGCCUUCCACUACGAAGCCGAUGGUGCCAACGUGCUGGCCGGCAUCAUGAGCCGCAAUGAUGAGAGGUGCCACCUGGAUGCCACGGGCACCUACACCCAGUACAACAUGCAGGACUACCCGUCGGUACCCACUCUGGUGCGCCUGCUCGCCAAGCACAACAUCAUCCCCAUCUUUGCUGUCACCAACUACUCCUACAGCUACUACGAGAAACUUCACACGUACUUCCCCGUGUCCUCCUUGGGGGUGCUGCAGGAGGACUCAUCCAACAUCGUGGAGCUGUUGGAGGAGGCCUUCAAUCGUAUCCGCUCCAACCUGGACAUCCGAGCCCUGGACAGUCCCCGAGGCCUGCGAACGGAGGUCACCUCCAAAAUGUACCAGAAGACUGCCACGGGGUCCUUCCACAUCCGGCGGGGUGAAGUGGGCACCUACCAGGUACAGUUGCGGGCACUGGAAGCUGUGGAUGGGAAGCCUGUGUGCCAGCUGCCGGAAGAGGACCAGAAGGGCAACAUACACCUGAAGCCUUCCUUCUCUGACGGCCUCCGCCUGGACGUGGGCAUCAUGUGUGACAAAUGUGCCUGUGAGCUGGAGAAGGAGGUGCAGUCAGCACGCUGUGACUUCCAUGGGGACUUUAUGUGUGGCCACUGUGUGUGCGACGAGGGCUGGAGCGGCAGCACCUGCAACUGCUCCACGGGCGCGCUGAGUGACGUGACACCUUGCAUGCGGGACGGCGACGACAAGCCAUGCUCGGGCCGGGGCGAGUGCCAGUGCGGCCGCUGCGUGUGCUACGGCGAGAGCCGCUACGAGGGCCAAUUCUGCGAGUAUGACAAUGUGCAGUGCCCACGCACCUCCGGUGUGCUGUGCAAUGAUCGGGGACGUUGCACCAUGGGCCAGUGUGUGUGCGAGCCCGGUUGGACAGGCCCGAGCUGUGACUGUCCCCUCAGCAAUGACACGUGUAUCGACAGCAAUGGGGGUAUCUGCAAUGGGCGAGGUUACUGCGAGUGUGGUCGCUGCCACUGCCACCAGCACUCACUGUACACGGAUGCCAUCUGUGAGAUCAACUACUCAGUGAUACCUCUAGGCCUCUGCGAGGACCUGCGCUCCUGUGUGCAAUGCCAGGCCUGGGGCACCGGAGCCAAGAAGGGGCGCACCUGUGAGGAGUGCAGCUUCAAGGUCAAGAUGGUGGACGAACUUAAGAAAGCGGAGGAAGUGAUCGGCUACUGCUCCUUCCGGGACGAGGACGAUGACUGCACCUACAGCUACACUGUGGAGGGCGACGGCAGCCCUGGGCCCAACAGCACAGUGUUGGUACAGCGGAAGAAGGACUGCCCACCUGGCAACUUCUGGUGGCUCCUCCCCCUGAUCCUGCUGCCGCUCCUGGCGCUGCUGUUACUGCUGUGCUGCAAGUACUGUGCCUGCUGCAAGGCCUGCCUGGCUCUUCUCCCCUGUUGCAGCCAAGGUCACAUGGUGGGCUUUAAAGAAGACCACUACAUGCUGCGGGAGAACCUCAUGGCCUCCGACCACCUGGACACGCCCAUGCUGCGCAGCGGGAACCUCAAGGGGCGUGACACGGUCCGUUGGAAGAUCACCAACAACGUGCAGCGGCCAGGCCAUGCCGCCCACACGGCCAGCACCAACCCCAGCGAGCUGGUGCCCUAUGGACUGUCCCUGCGCCUUGCCCGCCUCUGCACCGAGAACCUGCUAAAACCGGAUACACGGGAGUGCAGCCAGCUGCGCCAGGAGGUGGAGGAAAAUCUGAAUGAGGUUUACCGGCAGAUCACAGGUGCACACAAGCUCCAGCAGACCAAAUUCCGGCAGCAGCCCAACGCCGGGAAAAAGCAAGACCACACCAUUGUGGACACGGUGCUGAUGGCACCACGCGCAGCCAAGCUGGCACUGCUGAAGCUGACAGAAAAGCACGUGGAGCAGGGGGCCUUCCAUGACCUGAAGGUGGCCCGCGGCUACUAUACCCUCACCGCAGAGCAGGAUGCCCGGGGCAUGGUGGAGUUCCAGGAGGGCGUGGAGCUGGUGGACGUACGUGUGCCUCUCUUCAUGCGGCCAGACGAUGACGAUGAGAAGCAGCUCUUGGUGGAAGCCAUCGACGUCCCUGUGGGCACAGCCACUCUGGGCCGCCGCCUGGUCAACAUCACCAUCAUCAGGGAGCAAGCUAGUGGGGUGGUGUCCUUCGAGCAGCCCGAGUACUCGGUGGGCCGCGGGGAGCAGGUGGUCCGCAUUCCUGUCACCCGGCGCAUCGUGGACAAUGGCAAGUCCCAGGUCUCAUACCGCACGCAGGACAACACGGCCAAGGGCAACCGGGACUAUGUCCCCAUCGAGGGUGAGCUGCUCUUCCACCCCGGGGAGACCUGGAAGGAGCUGAAGGUGACACUUCUGGAACCUCAGGAAGUGGACUCCCUUCUGCGGGGCCGUCAGAACCGCCGCUUCAACAUCCAACUCAGCAACCCCAAGUUCGGGGCCCGCCUAGGCCAGCCCCAGUCGGCCACCAUCAUCAUCGGAGACCAAGACGAAGUGGACCAGGGCUUUGUGAGUCAGACCCAGUCAUCAUUCCUGCUCCCUCACGGCGACCUGGGAGCCCCUCAGAAUCCCAAUGCCAAGGCCGCUGGGUCUCGGAAGAUCCAUUUCAAUUGGCUGCCCCCUCCCGGCAAGCCUGCAGGCUACAGGGUAAAGUACUGGAUCCAGGGUGACUCCGAGGCUGAAGCUCACCUGCUUGACAGUAAGGUGCCCUCGGUGGAACUCACCAACCUGUACCCGUAUUGCGACUAUGAGAUGAAGGUGUGUGCCUAUGGGGCACAGGGCGAGGGCCCCUACAGCACCCUGGUAUCCUGCCGCACCCACCAAGAAGUACCCAGUGAGCCAGGGCGCCUUGCCUUCAAUGUCGUCUCCUCCACGGUGACCCAGCUGAGCUGGGCUGAACCUGCGGAGACCAACGGCGAGAUCACUGCCUACGAGGUCUGCUACGGCUUGGUCAACGAGGACAAUCGACCCAUUGGGCCCAUGAAGAAGGUGCUGGUGGACAGCCCCAAGAGCCGCAUGCUGCUCAUCGAGAACCUGCGCGAGUCCCAGCCCUAUCGCUACACCGUCAAGGCGCGCAACGGGGCUGGCUGGGGCCCCGAGCGGGAAGCCAUCAUCAACCUGGCCACCCAGCCCAAGCGGCCCAUGUCCAUCCCCAUCAUCCCGGACAUCCCCAUCGUGGACGCCCAGGGCGGCGAAGACUACGAGAGCUUCCUCAUGUACAGCGAUGACGUCCUCCGCUCCCCCGCCGGGAGCCAGAGGCCCAGCGUGUCCGACGACACUGGCUGCGGCUGGAACUUCGAGCCCGUGCUGGGGGCGGAGCUGGACCUGCGGCGCGUCACGUGGCGGCUGCCCCCGGAGCUCAUCCCGCGCCUGUCGGCGAGCAGCGGGCGCUCCUCCUCCGACGCCGCCACCGAGGGGGGCGCGGACGGGCAGGGGGACCCCCGGCCCCGCUGCGCGACGCCCCGGCCCCCCGGAGAACACCUGGUGAACGGCCGGAUGGACUUUGCCUUUCCGGGCAGCGCCAACUCCCUGCACAGGAUGACCACAGCCACCAGCAGCUAUGGCACCCACCUGAGCCCUCACCUGCCCCGGGGCGUGCACAGCACCUCCUCCACCCUCACGCGGGACUACCACUCGCUGACCCGCACGGAGCACUCGCACACGGCCACACUGCCUCGGGAUUACUCCACCCUCAGCUCACUCUCCUCCCAGGACUCACGCCUGAUGGCAGGUGUGCCCGACACACCCACUCGCCUGGUAUUCUCGGCCCUGGGGCCCACGUCGCUGAAAGUGAGCUGGCAAGAGCCACAGUGUGAGCGUGCACUGCUGGGCUACAGCGUGGAGUACCAGCUGCUGACUGGCGGGGAAGUGCAUCAGCUCACCAUCCCCAGCCCCGAGCAGACAUCAGUGGUGGUGGAAGACCUCCUACCCAACCACUCCUAUGUGUUCCGCGUGCGGGCGCAGAGCCAGGAGGGCUGGGGCCGAGAGCGAGAGGGCAUCAUCACCAUCGAGUCACAGGUGCACCCACAGAACCCGCUCUGCCCCCUGCCAGGUUCCACCUUCACCCUGAGCACCCCCAGUGCCCCAGGCCCACUGGUGUUCACGGCCCUGAGCCCAGACUCCCUGCAGCUGAGCUGGGAACGGCCACGGAGGCCCAAUGGAGAUAUCCUCGGCUACCUGGUGACCUGCGAGAUUGUCCACGGAGGAGGUCCAGCCACCACAUUCCGGGUGGAUGGAGACAACCCCGAGAGCCGACUGACCGUGCCAGGCCUCAGCGAGAACGUGCCUUACAAGUUCAAGGUGCAGGCCAGGACGACCGAGGGCUUCGGGCCAGAACGAGAGGGCAUCAUCACCAUCGAGUCCCAAGAUGGAGGCCCCUUCCCACAGCUGGGUAGCCAUGCUGGCCUCUUCCAACACCCACUGCAGAGCGAGUACAGCACUGUCACCUCCACCCACACCAGCACCACGGAGCCAUUCCUCAUGGAUGGUCUGGCCCUGGGGUCUCAGCACCUGGAGGCCAGUGGCUCCCUCACCCGGCACGUGACUCAGGAGUUUGUAAGCAGGACACUGACCACCAGUGCCCAGGUAGACCAGCAGUUCUUCCACUCCUGAGCUCACCCCAUAGCGGCCUGGACUCGCUGCACCUCCUCUGCCGUGCCUCUCCAACCACAAACCAGG